GCUUCCAAAUUUUACGUACACCAAACUAAAACCUGCAUAUCAAACCUAAAAUAAAAAUCAAGAACCAAAAAAACAAAGAGCAAGAACCGAAAAUGCCUUGUGCAAUAGCAAUAACAAGCUCUCCUAUAUUCUCACCAUCACAUUCACAUACACCAAAACCAGUUUCACCAUUUUACUAUAAACCAUCAUCUAUACAAAUACAAUCACCGUUGACUUGCUACAACAGACAUGUAAGAGAAGAUGAGGAGCCGUUGACUUGUUCCACGUCAUCAUCAUCGUCGUCGUCAUCAUUGAUUUUGAAGAGAAAAAGGCCAGCGAAUAUUAUGAUUCCGACUGUGUCGUUAGGUUUGGGACACGUUGAUGAAACACCAAGGGAAGAGAGUAGGUUGGAUGAAGUUGAAGUUGAAGAAGAAGGAUACUCUGUGUAUUGUAAAAGAGGGAAAAAAAGAGGUGAUAUGGAAGAUCGGUAUUCAGCUAUAGUUGAUGAUGCUAAGAACGGCUCUAAACAGGCCUUUUUUGGUGUAUUUGAUGGACAUGGUGGAGCAAAAGCUGCAGAAUUCGCAGUAAAAAAUUUAGGCAGGAAUGUUAUAACUGAAGUGGCGUCGAAGAGUGAAGAGGGACCGGAAGAAGCAGUCAGAAAGGGUUACCUCACUACAGACGCGGAGUUUCUAAAGCUAAAUGCAAAUGGAGGGAGUUGUUGUGUGACAGCACUUGUACAGAAUGGAGAACUUAUUGUGUCAAAUGCUGGUGAUUGUCGUGCUGUUAUGAGUAGAGGAGGAGUAGCAGAGGCACUCACGGUUGAUCAUAAGCCUUCGAGGCAAGAUGAAAUGGAAAGAAUUCAACGCCUCGGUGGCUAUGUAGAUUGUGUCCGGGGUGUGUGGAGAAUUCAAGGAUCUCUUGCUGUGUCAAGAGGAUUAGGAGAUUCCCGUCUUAAGAGAUGGGUGGUGGCUGAACCAGAGACGAAAAUAUUGACGAUUGAACCAGAAUGUGAAUUCUUGAUCCUGGCAUCUGACGGUCUUUGGGAAAAGGUAAGUAAUCAGGAAGCUGUGGAUCUACUUAGACCUUUCUGUGUAGGUGUUGAUAACCAGCUUUUAUCUGCUUGCAAAAAGCUUGUUGAUUUGGCAGUAACGAGAGGAUCCGCGGAUGACAUAACCGCAAUGGUCAUUCAACUGCGCCAAUUUGUUCAAUAAACCAGUGCUUGGAAGAAUCUGCUCGGAUAGUUGAUGUUCAUAUGUGUGUCAUCGACUGAAUCACUUCAAAUGACUCUGACAUUUUCUUGGAGCAUGUGGAGUAAAAUUUCAUUUGUAUAGGCUUAACAUGUUAGACCUUCUGCUCGAUGGAAGCAAAGUAGGUUAUAGAACGGCAUGAUCUUCGUGUAUAUUAUCUCCCAUACCAAUGGAACGGAUGGCAUGUCAACCUUAAUCAUCUAAAUAGAUAUGCAGUUUUAGAUUUUAAUGGCUUAUGAAUUGUAUUUGCUUGUCUUUUUUACUGGAUACACGGAAUUAGAUCUUCUCAAGCUUUA